AAAUAUAAAAGGAGAUGAAAGUUUUUUAGUUCAGUUGACAACCUCUAAUCAAUUUUUUUUUAAAUGAGAGCCCUACUCGUUUUUUCUGCUGUUUUAGCUAUUACUGUAGCUAAGUCAGUAAUAACUGAUAUAGAAGAGGUAAAAAAACUCGUAAAAGACCCAAGAUACUUGGUAUAUGAAAAUGAAGAAGGCCUAUACGAAGUUGAAGAUUUAGAGGCUGAAGCUGAACCAUUUAACCCAGAACUGCGUAUUAAUGAUAAUCAAAUAAUUUUUCAUGUAUUUUCUCGCCAAGACACAAGAGGUGCUGUAAUUCGAGCGAGCCAAGUACGAGACAUAACGCGUUUAACUUCAUUCACAAAUAACAGAAACACUGUUUUGAUUAUCCAUGGAUGGACAAAUCAUGCACAUUCGCCCGUAAAUGUUGUGAUCAGAGAAUCCUUGAUUGCCCACAGAGAUGUUAAUAUAAUUGUGGUGGACUGGAAUACCAUUUCAUCCGAAAGCUAUCUAACUGCUCAGAGACAAGUUUUGGCUGUAGGGAAUUUCAUUGGGGAUUUCUUGAUUAGACUAAAUAAUGAAGUUGGACACUCUGUUAAUAGAGUCACGCUGGUUGGGCAUUCUUUAGGAGCACAUAUUUCAGGUAACGCUGGAGCAAGAUGCAAUGGCCUAGUCGACUCAAUAGUAGGAUUGGACCCAGCAGGUCCGCUAUUCACUGAAAACAACAUUAACAAUCGUCUAGAUCCCACUGAUGCUAGAUACGUUCAAAUCUUACAUACCAACGAUGGGCUGCUCGGGUUUAAUAUAAGAAUGGGCCAUACUGAUUUUUACCCAAAUGGUGGUUCUACGCAGCCCGGAUGUGGCGUUGAUAUUACCGGAAGCUGUGCACAUGCCCGAGCUUACGAUUACUACGCAGAAAGUAUCGCUACAAAUAGGUUUGUGUCGAGGAGUUGCGGAAACUACAAUGACUUUUUGGCUAAUCGUUGUAAUGGCAACGUGUUUUUGAACAUGGGCAAUUGGCCUGUUAACAGAGGGGCCAGUGGAAAGUACUACUUGAUGACGAAUAACAGAGCACCAUUUGCCCAAGGUUGAAGUUAUUAUUAAAAAGUUUUUCUUGUAUAUAUUUCAAAAAAACUGGUUUCUGGUUUAACAGAAAAUUACGUAUUUAUUUUUAAAUAUAUUAUUUGAGUAUACGAA